GUAUGGGUGAUUAAUAUAAGGGCCGCAGGUCCCCCAUCCCGAUUUCCCUUAUCCCUUCAAUUUCUUAAGCUGAGACCGCCAGGCAUUGUCUCCAUACCCGCUCACCGCUACAUCAUGGGUAUAACAACAUAUGAGCAUCUGUGGGGUGGUUGCCUCGUUGGAGGUGUAAUAUCCACAAUACUAGGCGGUAUAUUAACCGUUCAAUGUGAUCGGUACUUCUCGACCUUUCACAGUGACCCGGUAGGGACCCGGAUGACAGUUGCGCUUGUGUGCCUGCUCCAGUUGAUUCACAUAACAUGUCAUCCGUACUACAUUUUCACUGAGAUAAUCGAAAACUUAGGGGUGUCACUAACCACCACCCUGCUUCGGCCGAUGCUCCAUUUUAGUUCCUUAGCGUCCACAGCCACUGUUCAGCUCUUCUUUAUCUAUAGGCUUCAAAGAACGAAUAAAUCCGCGCUUCUGACGCUCGCUUUGAUCGUGCUUGCAUUAAGUCAAUUCGGGGCUGCGGUGAAUGUGUUCUCUAUUCAAUUGCGCACCGUCGGUGACAUGGCGAUGCAAGAAACGACUUUGAGGUCCCUUUACCUUUCGUGGCUUGGCAUAGAAAUCUUGCUCGAUACCAUCAUUGCGGCGAUGAUGUCCUUAUCACUCAGAAGGUAUCAAACAGGUUUUCGGCAAACCAAUGCCAUCAUCAAUUCCUUAACCUUUUACGCCAUUGGUACAGGUGUCUUUACAUCGGUUGUCGCAAUAGUGAUUCUGCUAGUUUUUACGAUCAAUGGCCUCCAUUGGACCCUCCAUGGUUUCUGUCUGCCAACUUCAGGAAUAUACUCGGUGUCACUCCUUGUGAAUCUCCAAUCACGAACGCAUAUUAAACAACAUACCCAACGGGCUGAGAGUAUACAUCUCUCCCGUUUGCCUAAACACGUCCAAGUGAGGUUACCAGGCCUUCCUCACUAACAAUAUAACAAUAUAACAAUCGAAUCCACGGAGUUCGUUCACUUGAGUCUAGUCAGAUCACCUUUGAUCCCGUAUAACUCCCCAAUGACGCUGCUGUGCUGGAAUAUUGUAGCGAGAUGCCCCCCGGGUUGAAGUUCUAAGCCCACAUGUUGAAAGUUCAAUGACAUCGAGCUAUUCUAGCCGAUGCAGAUAGCUGCAAGUCUAGCUGAUUCUACAGCUUUUAUUAUUUGUAUGGGAUAUAGGAUUACCAAACUUUCCCGAGUAGUUUGUUGGCCGAGCUUGCGAGGCGUAAUAUUACGAGCAGAAUUUCUUUUCGUGGGAAGUGCAAAUUAAUUUCGGACCAUUAGCGUGCGCUAGUCUUGCGACCCUGAG